UUUAUUGUAAGAGAUAAAAGAAUCAUUCACCAAAAAGAAGCCCUAGUUCUCAGGCAAUCCAUCCACACUCGUCUCAGGCUCAUCAAUGGAAGAAGGAUCUCAUUCAGAAAAAGAUGUGAAAGCUCCUAAUAUAUUUGAAAGAGCGAAAGAGGAGAUUGAAGCAAUGGUGCAUAAGAGCAAGAAACAUGAUAAGGAAACUCACGGAACGAGCAAUGACAUUGAUGAGGAUACUCCUGUCGACAAAGUUAAAGGUCCUGGUAUUUUUGAGAGAGCCAAGGAAGAGAUUGAGGCACUUGUGGGAACUAUCCAUCACAAGAAGGAUGAUCAUAAGCAGCAUUCAAAGGACUGAGCAAGCAGUGAUGGUAAAAGCUGAAGAUCAGUUGGUUUUUUUUGAAGUAUUCUCUCAUGUAGAUUGGAUUGAUCACAAAAAUCAUCGCAAACAUGCAGUAACAUGAAGCAGAGCAGAGAGGUGAUCAUCGUGUCCUCGAUGUUUGUCCUUUGUACUAAAUUUUGGGCCUUCCAUUUUUAGUUUUAUUUGUUAGUUUCAUUCUAAACCCUGUAAUUCAGUACAAUGUUCAAUUUAAUCAACUUGGUUAUAUA